AGAUGAUUCGUAAUAUUUUGAAAUUUGGAUUCUCAACCUCAACGUUAAAUGAGGAACCAAAAAGUAAAUUUAGCUUUUUCAAACUAAUCGUUGGAUCUGCAAUUGGAGUUUAUGGUUUUGAUUAAGUAAGAAAAUAUCGUGAAUAUUUAACAAAUACUUUCCUUACAAAAGAAUAAAUCAAUGAAUUAGUGUUAAAAAAUAUGACUAAAUUCAAAGAAUAAUAAUUAAUUGCUCAUCCAAUUAAUAACAUUAAUAAUAUUAAAAAUAAAGAAAAAGUAGUUGUAGUUGGAGGAGGUAAUAAUGAAAUUUUACAUUUAGGAAUAAUUGGAAUCUCAUAAGCAUUAAAAUUAUUAAGAAUGGGAUAUAAUGUAACUGUCAUUGAAUAAGCUAAUACUGUUGCAUCUGAAUGUAGUGCUUUUAAUGGAAAUGUUUUUAAUCCAAUGUACUUUUUACCAUUAGUCACAAGAGUAAUUAAAAAUAAAUUAAAAUUAGGAUAAUUUAAUAUAUAUGAUAAAAAACAUAUUUGAAAAACCAGAGUUGACUACUGUUAGAUUUAAUAUUAAUGCUUUUUUAGAAACUAAUUUUAUUUAAUGGGGAAUUAAUAGUUUAUUAUUGAGUAUGACAGAGUAUUAUUAUAAAAUAUAAAAUUAGCUAUGCUUAAAUAGAAAAUUCAAGAAAAUAAUUAAGAAUUGGAUCCUUAACUUUGUAAGAUGUUGAAAAGUUAAGACCUUCAGGAUUAUUUAAGGGACAUUUAAUUGCAAAAGGAUAAUUGGGAUUUUUUGCUUCUGAUUAAAAAGUAGAGUCAUAUAGAGAUAGAUUAGUAUUAUUAGGAAUCCCUCAUAUUAAAGUUGAUUCUUUUGAAUAAAUUGAAUAAUUUACAAAAUCAGAUUUAAAAACUGAAUCAAAUUUGAAACUCUUCAAUAGAUUUAAAAAAGCAUUAAUAUUAAUUACUGAAUCUAAUUUGGAAACUAGAGAAUUAACACAAACUAUGUUAAAGUAUUGUUAAGAGAACUUUCCAAAUCAAUUUGCUAUUGCAUUUUCAACUACUGCUUAAAAUUUUGUAUUAGAUACAGAUAAAAAUGUCAAAGGAAUUCAAACUAAUAAAGGGUAUAUUUUAAUGUAAUAUAUAUUUUAGAAUAGUUUUAGGAGAUAGUUUUGUUAUAUGUUUAGCACAUAAAAGUAAAUAGUUAGCACAUAAAUUAAAAUUAAAUCUUCCAAUAGUACCAGCUAAAGGUUGGGCUAUGGGAAGAACUGCUCCAUAAAAUUUCAAUUAGACUUUAGUUAAAGAAUUUACUUUAAAUACACCAAAUUAUUUUGCUACAAAUCUUAAUGGACAUUUAAGAUUAGCAGGAUGUGCUGAGGUUUGCAAUGAUACUCCAUCAACUGAUGCAAGUAGUGAAUGGGGAGCUAUUUAAAUAUUAAAUAGAUUUAAUGAACAAAAUGGAUUUGACUUUAAAAUGAGUGAUUUUACAGUUAGAAGUUGUUUUAGACCAUUAACACCAGAUGAUGUUGCAAUAAUUAGUGAAGUGCCUGGAUUUAAAAAUGUAUUUAUAAAUGCAGGACAUGGAUCAAGAGGUAUGAGUUAUUGUUUCGGAGCAGCUGAUAUAAUGAGUUAAGUUAUGGAAGGAUCUAAGGAAUUUGAAGAUUACAGUGUAAAGAGGUAUUAUUUUAUAUGA